GGGCCUUGGAAGAGUUGACCAAUGGUCUGGAGCACAGGUGUUGUUUUGGCUUGGGGACCCUGUUCAGUGGCUUCCCUUGGCUGCAAGAAGCAUUUCAACGCCUGACGACUCAGCCUUGUGCUUUCCCAAACAAGUCAUCGACCGUUUCAAAUUAUUGAUUCGCACCACCUCCACCUCAGCCUCGAGCAGCUCCAACUGCGGUCGAAGGCAAGAACGAAGACGCGUAAUAACACAACCUAGCAGCAAGAUGCCUUCGGCAACGGCUACAGGCGACGACGUCAUGGCGACUGUUGGCGCCUUUGGCGCCUUCGUGGACGACCUUCUCGAUCGCGCAGAUUCUAUUAAACGCGCGUCGUCAGCGGUGCUUCUUGACUUAACGCAUUUCCCCGACCUCCAGCAGCAGAUUGACGAGGUUCUGGGCUCCCACUUGAGUUUGCGCUUUGCGGUAAUCGAGACUGCAGUACGAGACGCAUUCACCAAUUUAAUAUCGACAAUACCAAUCGAGUCCCCGAAGUUCGUCCGGGUUUGGGAUCUCUUCGACAUCCUGUCCAUCCUCUCCGACAGUGAGCAAUGCGAUCCUGCCUUGCUGUUCUGGCUCGCAGAGGAGCUACUCGACAGCCAAGCUAUUGCCGGCUGCCGCAAAGUUUUUGAUUACCUCGAGUCUCGCCGCGAGCGCAUCACAGCAAAGCACUUCAAGGCUAAAAAGCUCGUCAUCCUCCGCACCUGCAAUGAACUUCUCCGGCGCCUGUCCCGCGCUCUCGAUCCAGCAUUCUGUGGGAGACUUUUCAUCUUCAUGUUCCAGUGUUUUCCCUUGGGUGACCCCAGCUCCGUAAACCACCGCGGGGAGUACCACGUUGAGAAUGUCACCACCUUCGACCGAGAUGCGCCGGCAACGGAGGAAAACCCGGAUAUGAUGGACGUCGAUGCCGAGACGGAUAGCCAAGCUGCCGAUGCGCGCAAACCCACGGACCAAAAGCCAGCUCCCAAGGUUGCUGCUGGAUCGGACGGAAAGAAAUCAGAUAAGCCCCUCGAUACGGGCUCGCUAUACCCCAUCUUUUGGUCUUUGCAGGAGUUUUUCAGCCAGCCGAAAAAGCUUUUUGACGCAGCCCACUUCACCACCUUCAAGGCCGGACUCGAGGCGACCAUGGGCGUCUUCCAGGCCAUCAAGCACGAGCAGGCACCUCGCUCAAAGGAUAAGCAUAGCGAGGAGACCAAGCAAAAGCUCCGGAAGAAGCGAGACGACGGUGAUGAUGACCUUGCUGGUGCUUUUAACCCAAAGUACCUCACGAGUCGGGAUCUCUUCAAAUUGGAGAUCAGCGAUCUGGCGUUUCGGCGAAAUGUUCUUGUCCAGGCACUCAUAAUCAUGGAAUUCCUUCUUUCCCUUUCCCCAAAGGCAAAGGAAAAGAUGGCCAGUGUUAAUGUGCCUAAAAAGUCUGUUAACGUGACCUAUCCAGACCAGCAGCUGUCGGAAGAAGACACAAAAUGGGUCACGGACAUGAAGAGAUCCAUUGCCGACAACCUCAGGCAGGGACCGGAAGGCCCCUACUUCUACCGCAUGGUGGAAACAGUCCUCUCCAGAGACAAGAACUGGGUACGGUGGAAAGCUGAGGGUUGCCCAUCUAUUGAGCUUCCUGUCGUUUCACCAGAGACCUUUAUCGAAGCCAGGGAGGGGGCUAAUGAACUGGCCACUAAUAAACGGCUGCGUGCAAUGCCUCUGGGUUCGUUGGCACUGGAUUUCCUAGACGAUGUCGACGAGGCCACUGCAAUGGAAAAGUUCAAGGCGCCUGAGCGAUACCAAUUUCCCGACCUCAAGACUUUCCAGAGCAAGAUUUCCGACGAUGACUUUGAGAUCGACAUGGCGAGGACUGAGCAAGCUAAGGCUAAGGCGAUAGAUAGCAAGGCCAGCAAUACUUGGCGAGCUCUCAGACUCGCUAGCAGAUUCAAGCUUGCAUCCUUUGACAAGAUCGACGACGAUGACAAAAUCGAUGCCAUUUUCGAGGACUCUGCCGACGAAGGCGCCGAGGACGCGGCGGAUGCAACAAAUGGCGAAGCGGUUUUGCCCGAUGAUCGCCGGCCCGUCGUCCUUGUGGGUGCUGGCGGCAGCAGCUCCAACAUAGCUGGGCAGUUUGUCGCCAAGUUCCCCGGCGCAUUCAGCAAGGUCCCGGUCCACGUGACACGCAAGCGAGAAGAGGGAGAGACCAGCGGGAAGGACUACAAUUUUGUUGAUACCCUGACGUUCAACAUGCUUCGGGACGGUGAUCAACUUCUCGAGUACAGCGGGGAGGGCCUUGAGAGCCGCGGCAUCAGCAGGAAAGUGGUAGAGACUAUCAGCGCCACAGGCAAAGUCCCAGUGGCGGUAACUGACAAGGGCGGUGCGCAACAAAUCAAGGAUCUUGGCUUUGAAGCGAGGUUCAUAUUCGUCCAGCCGCCUCCUUCAGAAACCAUGGAAGCGGCCGAGUCGGCAGAAGAGGCGAAAAAUUCGGGCUUCUAUGAUUCGGUCGUUGACUGUGACGUCAAGUCCCUGGAGCUGGCCAUAUUCGGGCACGUGAGCAAUGGCGGGGAGGUCGAUGCUAAGUCAGCUACGGCAGAUAGGGAUCUCGCCGAGCCGGCCGCGGGCAAUACAGAUGUUGCCGAUGGCAGAGGCGGCGUAACGAAGAUGGAAGGUUUGGCACGUUUCGGAUUGCAUGGUUGUGUGUAUGUUUAAAUGUAUAUAUAAUAGAUAGUGAGAGACGGAGAGACAUACGGAACGCGGAAGGCAGCAUUGAUACCCACAUGAUAGUCAGCAUGGCUUUUUUUGUCAUUUUUGGGCCAGAUUAAAACGAGGAGAUCUCUCAGAGGUCAAAGUGUACUCUCCAUGUAUAUAAAUACAUAUGUACUUGUAUUUU